UGUUUACUGAAAAAUUAUUCAAUUAAAUAUCGAUAUGUAUAGGUUCGCGUAAAAAAAAAAACUUUAAACGAAAACGAAAUGUGAAGUUUCAGCGACAGAACGGCGGCGUCAAGGUACAUGCCACGGUUAUUCUAACGAAAUCGACUGAUUUUAAUGAAAGCAAAUACUUCAAACGAUAUGGUGUUCCAAGAAAAUUGAGCAAAUUGUACAAACAACUGUAAAUUUAGUCUUAUCUAACUACCAGUUGGCCACACUUAGCUCGCUAAAUUCACCACACACAACAGACAGCUGACAAUCACUGUCAGAAUUGCAAGAAAUCAAUUGUCAAAUUGACGUUUGUGAGAGAAACAAAGCGAGUAAGCGAAUCACACAUGCACACACAUGCUGUCAUAUAUAAAUAGCCCACAGUUUAUUACCAAGUCAAGCUGAAGGACUUUCGGUUGUCAUAAGACUGUGGUGAAUUACACAUUCACAAUUACAUAUUCACAGCAGAAAAGACUCGACAGAGAAAGUAAGAGCGAGCGAGAGCGAGAGUGUGUGAAGCAAAUUGAGUGAUUUAAGUGAGUGCUAAGCGCUCUCAAGCCAUCGCUGAGCGCAAGCGACUGCAGCAAGUCCUCGCUGCCUGCCGUUGUACAAUUGUGGCUGUGGAGCCUCGCCAAACAGCAGUCACUGACAGAAUUGAGCAGCACAGCGAAGGAAGCUGUCAACGGUAACCAUUGUAAGCGGAUGCAAGUUUUUGCGAGCAACGCAGCGUAGCGAAGCCAAAAUCUUAUGUGCGGGUUAGAGAAAAAUAGUGAAGAAAUUCAUGUGAAAACUUGGAAAAAUAUUCGAGAAAUUAUAUGUAGUGAAAAUUUAUUAUGAAACGCAUAAAAAUCAUUGCAAAACGUGCAAAUUUGAUUUUGUAGUGUCUAGUUGUCGUUAGUUGAGCUUACCGAAAAAAAGUAGAAAAAAAAAUUUUGGGUGUGAAAACGAAAGUGAAAAUUUAGCACACACAAACGAGAAACGAGUGCGCGCGUACGAGACGGUGGCGGAACGACGGCGGCAGGACCUAAACUCCCCAGCAGUGCAGCUGGGAACGGGUGCGCGCAGUGGUGAUAACGACAACGACAACGACAACGGCUACGACGACGACUCGUGCGGCGUGCGUGGAAAUUGUGGAACGUGUUGGGGCAGGCGAAGGCAGAGAUAUUAGGACGACAUCUGUAGCGUUUCCACACCACACAGGAUGGCCUGGUAAGGAUGAUGUGCGUCGCAGCAAAACAAAAACAAAAAUAGACACCAGCGACUUUAGCGACUGUGAAAUACGUCUAAAGCACAAGCUUAUAUAUUUAGCUACGGUGCACAUGUUAAAUAUAUGUAUAUAAAUGUUUAUAUGAGGCAAUAAAAAGUGUAAACUGCAGCGAAAGUUUAAAGUCUCCGAUAGCAGCGCAUCCUUCGAAUUCCCCACAUGCCAUUGGAGGGGUAUGUGUAUGUGUCCAAGUGUCUACGCUGCUUGUGUGUCACGUGAAUAGCGCGCUGCAGCAAAAAAGGCCUAACGCCUGAAAAUUUGCUUUAGUUGUCGAUUAAAGCCUGAAGUGCAAAAGCAAAAGCAAAAAAAAAAAAUAUUUCAAUGCUACAGAAAACAGCUGAGCACUGCUGACAGCAAAAAAAAUCGACAGGUUAACGCCUAAAAGUGUGCUUAAUAAUAUUCAGGCAACGUGCGUACGCAACAUAUUAUAUAAAGCUGUAGUAAGGAGAAAGUGAAGCGAAUUUUAUGAGCUAAAGUAUCAAAAAAAAGUUAUUUUUCAAGUAAAAAAAUUAAGCCAAAAAAAUUUGCGACUCACAAAAAUAUGCGACGAUUUAUAAGAGUAACAAAAAAUUAGAAAUUAUUAAACGAAAUUCAGUAAAAAUAGCUAUUUAGAGCAAAAAUUUAAUGUGUAAAUUUGAAAAAAAAAAUAAUAAUGUGCUAUAAGUGUGGCAGGCGCUUAAAAAGCAGCAACCGUUAAUUAAAAAUAUUCUAGAUAUUACAAUGAGAUUAAAAAGUGUUUCGAAAUUGCUAGCAACGCGUAAAAUUAACCACUAAACAAAUUUUUAAAAUCAGGUGCGCCUAAAAAUAUGCUGAACUGUGGUAAAAAAUUUAACGUUUAAGUGUGAAAAAGUUAAAUUUCUUGCAAAUAAACUAAGGUUUACUGCAAAAAAAAAAUAAAUUAUAUGCAUAAAGUACGCACACGUCAGAGCGCCCAAAAGUCUGCUACACUUUAAGUGCAAAAAUAAAUUUAAAAAUUAAUUGCUGUAGUGAGGACGAGAGAGAGAGAGAGAGAGAUAGAAAAAGAGAGAGUGAGCAAAAAAAUAUAGAAAUAAAUUGUGUUAAAAAAGUCAUAAAUAACGCAGUAGCACGUUUUCCAAACCGUACAUACACACAAAUAAAAAACAGCAAGCGAAAUAAAUCAACGACGCUCUCUUGCGCACUCACAACAUAGUCACGCGCUCUUUUUCUCUCCGCUGCUUGAGUGCGUAAAAAUAUUGUGACGUCAAAAGUCGGAAUUAGAAAACUUACUUUUUUUUUGAUAUUAAAAAAAAAAAAACAAUCCUAUAUUCGUAUUUUUUUUUGUUUUAUUUUCUAUGCGUCAAAAGUACACAGACGCGCGGCGUGAAAUGUCCACUUUGCUGUGGUUGGUGAAACAAGUAAAUUUUGGUGUUGUAAUUAAUGGUGUGCAAAUAAAUACAGUUAGCUAAAAUUUAAAUAACCAUAGAAAAUAACCAAACAGCAUAUUUACAACACACAUACAUACACACAUACACACACUCGUACAGCUAUAGCGUGAAUAUUGUAGCAACAAAAUGGAGCAACCCAGCAUAUUGGUGCGCAUUUUGCACUCAAUACCACAUGUGAAUUAUACAUUUCAACGGGUGAAUGACACCUUCAAUCCGGACAGUGAUGUUUAUCUUGAGAGCUUGGGCAUACUCGCCUCUAUACCCGCCGGUCUACUCAUUUUAGCACUCUUCGGGCUGUUAUUGUAUCUGCUCACACGUUGCUGCGAUCGGAAGCCACGCAAGCCGAGUGCACAGCGUUGCCAGAGUUGUACAUUAGUUAUAGUUACGCUGAUGACAUGUGCGGCGAUCGGACUGGGUCUCUACGGCAACGAUGAUUUCCACAAUGGCCUGCUGCAGGCAUUCAGUUCCGGCAAACAAGUCGAAGGACUCGUGCUCAAUUUGAAAAGACAGACUGAACUUAUUAAAUUUGAUCUCGAAAUCAAAAUGUCCCAACACAAACUCGAACAACAAAUCGAAAAAGUACAAUAUAAUCAAACAGCCGUUAUGCUGUUAAUCGACACGUGUCAAUUGAUACGCGAGAAUACCUCACGUGCCGUAACCAGUCUGGAUAAUAUGGUUUUGUAUUUUAUGAAAACGAAAGGCAGUGAAAAUGACACAUCACUUAUGGGAUUAUUAUACCUCGGCGAAUUAUACGAAUCAAUCCGUUGGCCUGUGACCCUUGGCUUCCUCACCCUCCUUCUGUUACUCUGCACCAUACUAGUGAUUGGUGUGGCGCGUCGUUCGCGUUGUGCGCUCAUCUUCUUUAGCGUAUCCGGUUUAUUUUGUAUUAUCAUCUGUUGGCUGUUGGCUGGCAUUUACCUGGCAUCCUCAGUGGCGGCGGGUGAUUUCUGUAUGCGUCCGCAUGAAUUUAUGUGCCGUCAAGUGGGCAUGCGCAGUCCAUAUGUUUAUUUUCUCAAUUGCGGCACAUUGCGUAAUCGUUUCAUAUUACGCUUGAACGAGUCACGUGAUUUGGUGGAACGUGCACGUGACUCCAUUUAUUUGGUGCAACGCAUGAGCCAGGAGACAUAUCCCCGCAUUGAUGUGCAUAAAACGCUUGAGGCAAUGGAGAAUGAUUUGGAGGAGACAAAACGUAAUCUCACUGUACUCUCAGCGACGCUCGAUCGUCGUGCCAUUGAUCGUCAUUAUGCCGAUGCUCUGCAUGGCCUUUGCAGUGGCGGUCUACUGGGGCUGAGCUUAAUGAUGGUCGCCGGGCUGUUGACCUCGUUUCUGCUCACCAUAUUGGUGUAUGCGGAUUCGCAUGCUUGGAUCUAUUUGAGCAAACGACCCAGCUCACUGGAUAUCGAUAAAUCCGAAACCACGCCGCUUUUCCCAUCGAACGCACCGAGCGCAAGCAUUUCACCCACCGCACCACUACAUUCGGGCACCAUGAAUCGCACACUACCACACCAUCAGCAAUCCGCAAAUACGCAUGGCAUUGGCAUUGGCGGUAUCGGCGGCGGCGGUGGCGGCGGCAUUGGCAGCAGCGGUACGCUUGGUUCGCAUCGCAAUGGCACCGCUGGAAUGAGAACAGGGUUCGUCGCUUCAUCAUCACCUACAACAACUACAACCACACUACAAUACAACAAUCAUCCACAUAGAACUAACGCUAGCGCUGGCAUUGGUGGUGGUGGCGGUGGCCCCCACACUAGUGCUGCCAUCGGCAUAGUUAGCUCGGCCACAGGCUUAUUAGGCGGCCGUCUGAUGGCUAGCGGCAGUGCUGGUGGUAAGGCCUCACCAUCGCCACCGCCGGGUUAUGAUGUUGUGGUGCAUGGCACAAGAUCGGGUCAUCACACACUCGGCCGGCUACCCUCACAUCAUCAGCAAAAUUCAUCGGGCUAUUUGAGUGGUCCUAAUAACGGUAAAUACGCCACACUCAGCAAACAGUGUAAGACUCUCGAAUCGAGCGAUUUUUACUGAGAAUCGCUUGCCUGCAGCAACACAAAUGCAGGCAUUAUUAGCAACACCAACAAUACCGCAGCAAUCAACAUACUCGGCGGUAGCAACAACGUUAGCAAUCACAUCAAAUACCAACAACACAACAAUUCAUUAAAAAAUAUCUUCGCUUCAGCCACAUUACCACGCUCCGCAGGUUCCUCCAUACGUUCUGUACUCUCCGCACAAGCGGUACAUCGUUCCACCGGCAACGGUUUGGAUCGUGACGAUGAUCGCGACCCACGUGAUGUUACGAAUAAUAGUUUCAACCGUUUCGAUCCGAAGUACAUUAGCAUCGGACCGAAGGCGGUGCGCGGCAAUAAUAAUUUGAAUAUUGUUGCCGCCGCCACGGCCAAUAAGUGCGCCACGCUGCGCCAUGUCGGUCGCUAUGGCGGCUCGUUGAAGGGCGCCAGUCCUUCGCCGAAUCUGCGCAGCGCCAAGACACCCUCCAUUGCAACCGUUUCAAAGGAUUACUGCCAGCAACCGGACUGCAUACCGCAAACGUACACGACCGAGGUGAUUGUGCCACAUCAGACACAACAACAACAACCGCCACCACCACCGGCGCCAUUGCCACCACCAAAGCCGCGCACAACGAAUACGUUUACCGAGAUACCGGGCACAACGGGUGUGGGCAGCUCAUAUGCCAAAGAGCAGCAGCAAAUGCUUAUGCAACAACAGCAACUGCAACAGUUUCAACAGCAACAACAACAGCUGCAGCUACAGCAACAGCAACAGCAACAACAGCAAUUGGCUGCUUUGCAAGCGGCAGCAGCACAACAACAGCAACAACAACAACAACAAGCACAGGCACAACUGCAAAUGCAACAGCAGCAGCAGCAGCCGACGCUGCAUCAGCAACUGCAUCAACACCACCCGCCCACGACCCACAUACUGCCACCCACGGCAGUCUAUAGCAUUGAGACGUCGGGCUAUCAGCCC